GGAGUUGGGUGUGACACAGAAGCCGCCAUAUUGACAGUGAGACAGCAGCUGGGUAGCGGUGGUUUCCUGAUUCCUGAUAGAAAGUUCGGCUGGAGAGGGUAAUGCUGCACACAUACGGCUACAUGAGGGGUCGGGAGGAGUAUGAGUACUCGGGGCCAACACAGCACCGCUUCUCGCCGUAUACCUUCAACGGAGGAACUGUGCUGGCCUUAGCUGGGGAAGACUUUUCCAUUGUUGCUUCAGAUACACGACUGAGUGAGGGUUAUUCCAUUCACAGCCGAGACUCAUCCAAGUGCUACAAAUUGACAGACCAAACUGUGAUUGGAUGCACUGGAUUCCAUGGAGAUUGUCUUACGCUGACAAAAAUCAUUGAUGCAAGAUUAAAGAUGUACAAACAUUCGAAUAAUAAGACUAUGACGAGUGGAGCAAUAGCAGCAAUGCUUUCCACCAUUCUGUACUCUCGACGGUUUUUCCCCUACUAUGUUUACAAUAUCAUUGGAGGCCUUGAUGAAGAAGGGAAAGGUGCAGUGUACAGCUUUGAUCCUGUGGGAUCCUAUCAGCGAGAUGCUUACAAAGCUGGAGGGUCAGCCAGUGCCAUGCUGCAACCGCUUCUGGAUAACCAGAUUGGGUUUAAGAAUAUGGAAGGUGUAGAACAUCUGCCCCUCACAUUGGAAAAAGCAACACAGCUUGUUAAAGAUGUUUUCAUCUCUGCAGCUGAGAGAGAUGUUUAUACUGGUGACUGUCUAAAGAUUUGUUUUAUUACAAAAGAUGGAAUCAGAGAAGAGUCGCUACCUCUUCGGAAAGAUUAACACCAAAAGCCCUUACUGUUCAGAAUGCUAUUACUGCUGGUUUUAGUCAAUUUUGUUCCAUGCGAUUAAUGCUUGAGUAAACUGGCACCAGCUUUCCUUUUGUAUGUAUUGAUUACGAUGAUAGGAUAUGUAUUACAUAAAAUGUAACCCUGUAAAUUUUUAAUGCAGGUUUUCUGAUCUUUCUCAGAAACAAAUCUCAAAGGCUGGUAAUUAUGAAAACAUUUAAGCCAUAGAUGGGUUUGAAUUUUCCUGCAGAACUUUACCUUUUUUUUUUGCCUGUAUUUUUCCAAGUUCCUGAUCUCUGUUAUUGAAGAAAUUAUGAAAUCGUCCUUGUGAGAUCAUUGUUGGACUCAAAAGAAUUAAAUGGGGUGUACAGAAACUGACUGGUGGGAAAUUCAUUGCCACAGAAUGGUUGGGGCAAAUAAUCUGGUUUCUGGUAAGUUACUUAAUUAAGAGCAUUGAUCCCUUCCUAAACUAGUUGUAAGUAAGAUACUGCUGGUGGCGAGUCAAACUGCCUGUGUCUCACUAUGAUUGAUGAUUGAGUCCGAUAUUGUCCAUGAUGUUAGGUUACCUUAACAAAAUACAGCAGUUAUGUGGGUAUUGCCUACUAAAAGAGUGCUGAUAGUGAUAUCUGCUCCUGCUAGUUUCCUUUCCCCAUUUCCUUUCAAAGGACAAUACCUUUGUGUUUUCUUUUGCAAGAUUUGGGGUCCUGUCUAAAAACUGCAUAGCAUAAAAAUCAUAUGAAGUUUCUAGAAUCUGAAAUGAUUUUUUGUAUUAAUGUCAAACUUGGACAUGGAAUUAUUAUACUUUGAAGAAAAGGUUGCACUCUUUGGAGAAUCGUCGUUUAGGUGGGUGAAAACUGUCAUGAUGAUUUGUGGGCAGUGAGCCACCCAUUACAGACCACCUGAUUGAGGGUGUUCCCAAGGUACUGUGGGUAGAGGUUGCUGUGGUGACACAUUGUAAUGUGUCACCAUAGUUGCUAAGUAAGUCAAAUUCAUACAGGCUCGUUGGGAUACCUUGUCUAUGCCAACCAUUGAAUAUAUGUCAUUUAUCAACACUUGGUCUGCAGACUUCAGUCAAGUGCUCACCCUCAUCAUUAAAAGUAUGAGAGCUUGAACCCUCCACCCAAUUAGGACACUGAAUUACAGAUUGGAACCAUCCUCUGGAUGGAAGUUCUUGGGUACCCUUGUGUUUUCAUGUCCUUAUGCUGUAUAUCUUGCUACAAACAAGUUUUGGUGGUGCUUUCAGAGUAGCCCAAAGAAACUUGCAGAAGAUGCCCAUUGCAACUACUCUGCUGGUGAGGGUUUGAUUGUUCAGAGCUUUUAGACCAUUCCUCAAUGCAAAACUGUUUCAGUUCAUCAAUAUUUGUGAGAUACCUUACAUGAAUAGUCCUCUUCUGGUCAUGCCAGAACAUCUCAUUUGGGUUAAGGUUUGGACUCCGACUUGGUCGUUCCAAAAAAUGAACUCUUUUUAAACCAUUCUGUUGUUGAUUUACUCUUGUGUUUUGGAUUUUUAGUCUUAUUGCAUCAUCCAAAUUCUAUUAAACUUCAGGUGACAGACCACUACCCUGA